AUGGAGGAAGCUAGGAGGGUGGAAGAAGGGCUUGGUCACAAACCACCUCCCAAGAAAGAAGAUGAUCAUGACAAUGCUUAUAUUAGGGGAAAAGUAGAUAGAAGUGACGGUGGAGAUUGCAUAGAGCAUGAGAAAGAUGAUAGGGGCCAACUGCUAGAUGAUCAGCCAGCUGAACAAAAGGAGGAAGAGCAACCUUUGGUUAAGCAGAAGAGCAAGAGGGUUGCAACCUUGGACGCUUUCAGAGGCCUUACCAUAGUGCUGAUGGUAUUGGUAGACGAUGCUGGUGGAGCCUAUCCUCGUAUUGAUCACUCUCCAUGGAAUGGAUGCACAUUGGCAGACUUUGUGAUGCCCUUUUUUCUCUUCAUUGUUGGCGUCGCUAUCGCCCUCGCUUUAAAGGAAGUACCUAAUAUCAAGGAUGCAAUUAAGAAGAUCUUUAUUAGGACAUUGAAGCUUCUCUUUUGGGGAAUUCUUUUGCAAGGAGGAUACUCUCACGCGCCUGAUGAUCUGGCUUAUGGAGUUGACAUGAAGACCAUCCGCUGGUGUGGCAUCCUCCAGAGAAUAGCUCUGGCAUACUUUGUAGUAGCCUUAAUAGAGACCCUGACAACCAAGAUCAGACCAACUGUCCUACACUCUGGACACAUCUCCAUUUUCACUGCCUAUCGAUGGCAAUGGAUUGGAGGGUUCAUUGCCUUUCUCAUUUACAUUGUCACGACAUAUUCACUAUAUGUUCCAGAUUGGAGUUUCGUGUUACACGACCAAGAUGAACCAAACAGAUACACAGUCAAAUGUGGGAUGAGAGGACACUUAGGACCUGCAUGCAACGCCGUUGGAUAUGUGGAUCGACAAGUCUGGGGCGUCAAUCAUCUCUAUACACAGCCUGUUUGGACACGCUUGAAGGUUUGCAAACUUGGGAAGGAUGCUCCAAGUUGGUGCCUUGCUCCAUUUGAACCUGAAGGGCUUCUGAGUUCGAUUUCAGCUAUCCUCUCAGUGACCAUUGGCAUCCAUUAUGGGCAUGUUCUGAUUCAUUUUAAGGGUCACUCUGAAAGGCUUAAGCAAUGGGUCUCAAUGGGGUUUGUCCUGCUUGUCCUGGCCAUCAUUCUUCAUUUCACAGAUGCUAUUCCUAUGAACAAGCAACUCUACAGCAUCAGCUACGUUUGUUUCACAGCAGGUGCUGCUGCAAUUGUCUUCUCUGGGUUCUACAUAUUGAUUGAUGUUUGGGGAUUUCGCACGCCAUUCUUGUUCUUAGAAUGGAUAGGAAUGAAUGCGAUGCUGGUGUUUGUGAUGGCAGCUCAAGGCAUCUUUGCUGCGUUUGUAAAUGGAUGGUAUUAUGAAACUCCAGACAAGUCACUAGUCCAUUGGAUACAAAAGCAUGUGUUUAUCAAUGUUUGGCACUCAGAGAGACUGGGGACCCUCUUAUAUGUGAUAUUUGCUGAAAUCACAUUUUGGGGUGUAGUUGCGGGUAUCUUGCACAAAUUGGGAAUUUACUGGAAGUUGUAA